GACAAUUAUAAGUUAGUUUAAAAACUUAACUCCGUUGAAAGAGUUAUGUAACACAUAAAAUUACACACAAAUUUUGAAUGGCUUAAUUCCUCUUAAAUAAUAUCAAUAAAAGUGUUCAUAUUUAUUAUACCCCUAUGUAAACAUAUCAAACCUAAAUAAGAAAUUUCAAGCUCAAACAGCGCGUAAAACGAUACAGUUUUAAAUGAACUGGGACACAGCCCACUUAAAAAAAGCAGACAAUCCCACGUGAUCCGAGAUCUUAAAAUAUGUGUAUGUAUUGCCUUUGUUUUGAAUGCUUAAAUUUCUUUAGCUACCUUUCAAAAUCACAUUAAAUUCGCAGAAAGAAUUCGGUGAAUGGAAGUAAAAAGCUUUAAAUAAUUAUCAAGAAAUCAUAAUCAAGUGAUUGAAAGGCAACUGAUUAGAAACGGCACGUAAACAAAGCCAAUUUCUGUUGCCCUUUGUUUGCAAUAAAAUGUUUAGCAAAUUAUAAAUUUCAUUAGAUUCUAAUCGGUUCGCUAACAAAAUGAAGUUCUCUGGCUUGCAAUUUUUUCCUAUAAGCGUGACUAUUUAUUUGAUUAUUUUCAUCCAGGCAGAGACGCUGAAUGUAAUUGAAGACUUGGAGACAAUAUUUCAACUGUCCGAAAAUGUACUUUUACGUUUGAGGGAGGAACUUUGGCAAAAAGAAAAUAAAAUAGGCUUAAAUACCUCCUCUGUUAAGAUAUAUCCCACUUCCUGUCUGAAUUCAGAUAUUAAUGAAAAUGGAUUGUUUACUCUGAAAGUUCCGGGCUUGGAUUCAUUCCAAGUUUUCUGCGAAAAUAAAAUAGCUGGUCCCGGAUGGAUUGUUAUCCAAAAAAGGUUUAGUGGAAACGUCAGCUUCUUUCGCAAUUGGGAAGAGUACAAGGAUGGAUUUGGAGAUCUAAUGGGAGAGUAUUUCUUAGGUCUUGAAAAGAUCCGUGCUUUGACUGCUUUGGAGCCGCACGAAUUAUACAUCCACCUAGAGGAUUUUGAUGACACAGUAAAAUACGCCAAGUUCGAUGAAUUUGCAAUUGGUAAUGAGGAAGAUGACUACGCGAUGAAUGCACUGGGAAAAUAUUCCGGUACUGCGGGGGAUUCCCUUCGAUCGCACCGAAGAAUGAAGUUUUCCACCUACGAUCGGGAUAACGAUCGUGAAUUUAAUAGAAAUUGUGCGUUUUACUAUUUGGGAGGAUGGUGGUACAACGCAUGUUUGGAUAGCAACCUCAAUGGGCAAUAUGUGCCGGGUGGAAAAUACGAGGAGAGUUUCUUCGCUAGAGGCAUGUGCUGGCGAUCUUGGCGUGGCCACAACUAUGGAUACAGAGUCACCCAAAUGAUGAUAAGACCCAAGUGCCGAAAUAUACCUGUGAUUCACCACUGACUUCCCAAGAGGCGGUUUCAAAUAUAUUAUUGUUAUUUGCCGUUCCCUUCCUUUGGUUUAUUGACAUUAAGAUCGACGUGAAAACAAUUUGUUAAGUACUUCAUUAAUAUGCAAAGGUGUUGCCAUUGAAUCACCACAUUUUUGCUGAGAACAUCAAUCAGAAAUGCAAAAUAUACUAUAAUCCUCAUUGAAAUCGUA